AUGAAGUUGUUCUGUGGCACUCACGCUUUAAUCCUUCUGGUGCUCACCAUUCGGUCAUCGACUGUGGAGGGAAAAGCGAUACCUAUCACACCGGAACUAUCAACAGAGGAUCUUGGUAGCAGUGGAGCAACAGAAGCGCUGGCAGAUGUCACCACCGAGGAGAACCCAACCACCACACCUAUCAAUCCCGCCCUCAACGAAGUGAACACGUCCGACGAUGAGAUCCCCAGCUUCAAUCGCAACCAGGUAACGCUGGAUCUUCCGGGCGAGCUGUUUUCAAACACCGCCAACCUGACGCUCCGUUUACGCAACUUUAUCGGUGACUUUAUCACGCGUACAUCAGUGCGAAUUGCGCAGGUGGUCCGUUUCUUUCAGCCCCUGUUCGGAUACCAUCUGAUGAUUGACAUCCCGAAGGAGCUGGACGUGUGA